CAAUAUAUUUUAUGUGGCAACAUUUUUGUCUAAACUAAACGCUUUUUAUUGAAGAUAACUAAACUUGUUAACUGUUUGAACGAUGCAUAAACAAAACGCCGUUAUUUAUAAAGCAUUGCUUGAAGCAGCUAUUUCGGCGGUAUUUACCCGUUUUUGUUAGUUUUUCAUUGCUUAUUUGUGCCAAAGACUUAACAACAUGGAAGACGGCGAGGAAAGAACAUCCGAGGAUGUCAGAAAAAUAAUAAAAACUGCAAAACUCCAUGAGUCGGAGCUAACUGAGGUGACCCAGGUGUUAAGGUUCCCUGACGCCGGCAGCCAGAAACAAAACCUAAGUCUGAUGCUGCUCGAUGCUAAUUUACUGAAAGAAAUCGAGGAGGGCAAUGAACUGAUAUUCAAAGGCGAUCCUGAAGAAAACGUCGUCCUCUGCACAUCCACCAAAACAUACGACGUUAAAGAGGCGGAGACUUCCAACAGCCUAUUAUUAGUGCCAGACUUGCUUUCCGCUGCCAACACAGGGUUAGAUGAAACCAUAGCCAAUAACUCUAUGGAUGACUCCGACACAUCCUUUGAGAAAUCUAAUAAUUCCUUAAACAAAUCCACUGAAUCUGAUGAAGGUGAGAAACCUCCAAGAAAAAUAGAGUACAAAGAAGUUAUAAACACUUUUUUUACUUAUUACGAAUUAAAACCGUGUAAACCUCGUUUAAAUAAGUUGCAAAAAUUGCUAGAAGCUUCUAGAUUCCAAGGUCUAGAGCUGGAAUAUGCUAUUGACAAAUCUACGCUUUUAACUUAUGAAGCGAUUUUCGAAGAAGUUCAAGCGUCGAGAACGGAAUUAAAUGAGGAACUUGAAAAUAUUCAAGCUAUUGAAAUAGACGGUUUUUAUAGACUACUUGAGUUUGACUACGAAUUUAGGGUUCUAUCAUACAUGCUCGACCUUAUUGAAGAAAAUUCCUGGCCGUUAGAGAAAAUAUCGAAAGAAAUAACUUUAGAAAGUUUGAAAGACUUAGUUCCUUCGCCGAUUAUAGAAAGUAUGUUCAAGUUUUAUACUGAAGAGUCUGUAGAGGAAGAUGGGAUUCAGUAUUAUAAGUAUAAGCAGGAGAAAGUGUGCAGGUUUCUGGCGAGAGUUUUAUUGAAGAGUGCUGGCAAAUUCAAUUUGACAGAGUUUAUGCAGGCUUGGAGGGAUUCAGUGCCGGAGGGAAUGGUAACAGAUGAGUCAAUGCUAUGGGGUAUAGCGUUGGUGGACAAGAGCAGCUCCCCGCCGGUAGUGUGGGGCUUCACGGAGGCCGAGCUGCCCGGGAACAUCAACGAGCGGUUCAAGGUUCUGUUCCAGGCCAAGCCAAAGUGGACCGUCGACCAGAUAUCGCCGUACAUCGAAUGUUACGCCACAGAAAAGCUGAACGUCAACGCUCUGCUGACGAAAUACGCGCGAGCGUCUACACAAGAUGGCGUCAGGGUAUUCUCAGCCAAACAUAUGAAAUAAGUACUGAACCUUAUUGUUAAGUUAUUAAGGUAUAAUAUUGUAUAAAACUGAACAACGCUUUCCUGAUGAGAUUCGCGCGAGCGUCCACACAAGAUGGGGUCUGUGUUCUCAACCAAACAUAUGAAAUAAGUACUCAACCUUGUUGUUAAGUUAUUAAGGUAUAAUAUUGUAUAAAGCUGAACAACGCUUUCCUGAUGAGAUUCGCGCGAGCGUCCACACA